AUAUUCGAUAUCAGUCUUUGUUUGACCGUCGGACCGUGCCUAGGAAAGCUAUCGAUCUGCCUAAAUCGGAAACGCGCGAGCGCUAAUCCGCAAGAUUCCGUCAACCUUGUCAUGUGAUUUCCACUUUUCGCUCAACUCGUUUAAAUCUUGUCCGCACCUUGAAAACCUAUUCCCGGGAAUAAUGACCGACCAACAGCGCUAUCCGGUGGCUGAACGGAACCGCCGGGCCAAGAUGAGGUUCCUUGAGGGGAUGAAGACCUUCUACGAGGCCAAACGGAAGACUUCCGUCGAAUCGCUGCAGUCGGAGUCCGCCAAGAGUACCGCUUCUGUGCCCAAAAUAGAUUUGUCCGUUCCGGGAACACCCAUUUCUUCGAGGUACUUGCGUCUGCGACGAGAAUCGGAAUCCAGUGGGGUGGAGGUUCCUCCGGAACCGGUGGUUCUGCCGAACGAGAUUGUGGUUAGCAGUUUGGUGAUUGAUAAGUUUUUGAAGGAUAUGAAGGCGCUUGGUGGUGAUGAGAAGGAUGGGCAGGAGCAGCAUGCUGAAGUGGUGAAUCUGGAUGGCGAUAGCUCGGACGAAGAGACGAAAAAGGAAGGGGAUGUCGCUGAGCAGUACUUUAAGGAAUCGGAAGAGAAGCAUACAUAUCACAGGACGUUUAGUGAGGCAGUGCAGACGUUGCACAGUUCGGAGGUUAAGAGCCCUGUAGUGAAGAGAUACCUUGAGGAAUCUUCUGCGAAGCAUUCGUACGCGAGAGAUUUCAAUGAGGCGGUUAAUGAGCUGAAUCCAGCUGUGCUGGAAGAUGAUCCUUUGAAAGACGAACCGAUACCAAUCACUAAAGGGUACAAGUCAUCUGUGCCAGGAACACCCAUCAGUUCGAAGCAUCUGGAUAAAUUCAAAAAGCGGAAUUACAUAAGCGAUUCCUCUGACGACGAAGACGAAGGAGAUACGACUGACAACCGCUACCAAUCGAGUUUAGCUGAUCCGUUAGAUAAGUUCAUCAAGGAAAUGGAAGAGUUGAAGGCAGGGAGGCCUGACUUGAGUAAGACGAGUCAACGGCGGGACAAUCAGUUUUCAGUUGAUGAAUAUCUGAAUGCCUCGGAAACGAAGAAGAGCUAUGCCAGAACGUUCUCUGAGGCGGCGCAAACAUUGUAUUCAACUGAAGUGAAGGACCCUAACAUAAAGGAUUAUUUUGAACAAUCUGAUGCAAAGAAAACAUUCCGCAGAGAAUUUUCCGAGGUGUACCAAGAAAUCAAGCGGGAAGAGCCUCCUUUGCAACCAGAGCAACCAGUGGUUGUCGAGGAAUUUGAUCAGAAGAAGGUGCCUACAAACGAUGCCGUGCCAUACGAUUCAUUGGAAGAGUUGUUUGGCACAUUCGAGCCGCCCAAAAUUGAGCCAAAGCCGAUUUCGAAUGAUUUUUCGGUCAACUCAUACAUGACUGCGUCAGAAGCCAGUAAAUCCUACGCUAGAAGUUUUUCUCAAGCAGUGCAAACUUUGCACGCAACUGACGCCAAGGAUCCAUCUGUUAGAGAAUACUUGGACCAGUCAUUGGCAAAGAAUGCAUUCCGCAGGGGAUUCUCUGAAGUCUACCGAGAAGUAGACGUGAAAGACAUUGCACGUGAUAUUAUUCCCUCCAAGCCACAGUCAUCUGACCAACAGAAAGAUAACAAACAAAGCGAAAAUCCAAUUUCUCGCUCUAAUGACGCUGACGCUGAUGGAUCACCUCCAGCAGUGCAAAAACCGCUGCCGCAGAAAAGCAUCUCCGUGCCCGGAACUCCUAUCAAUUCGAGAAAGCUAAACCCAAGGGAGAAGCCACCGCGCUCGGUCGAAGCCAAACCAGAGAGAGAUGGUCCAGUUACGAAGUCGGGCAGCCAAUCGGAGAUGUCGGCGACGGAGCAUGCGGAGAAUUCAGCUUCGGCUGUGGUUCGAGGUCGGGCAGUGUCGACCGCCGAGAACAACAUGGACAAGGCAUUUUGGAUGAGCUUCGGGUCAUCUUAGAGUGGAAGUGUUAAAUUCUAUGUUAACGAUGUUGGUUGUUAUUAUUCAAUAAAGGAAAUUUGUCGA